UAACUUUGCGACCGGAAACAGGUAACCGGAACAGAUCCUGACACAGUUUGGACUCUGCAGCCGAACUCGUCCAGAACUCUGUGUAUACGCGAGCUGUCCCGCUUUACAUAACCGGAAGUUCUCACUUUGAAGUGCAGCGGAAUGCCGACAGGCGGGGACGGUGGAGGUGUCAGUCGCUCAUAUUCGUCCGAGGAUAUGGACGAUACAGAACCUGCUUCUGUGAGAGGCGGGGGGCUGACGGGACGGCCGUUCACCGACCGGACCGGACCCAAACACUGGUCGGUCGUCGUGCUGUCAGUAGUCUGCUCCGCGGUAGCUGUGGCCGCCGUCGGUUGUCUCUGUGCGCUUAUCUACCCGAUACUCAAAGAGCUGCGGACAGAGAGAGUGAGAGGUCCGGAUGGGACGGAGGAGAGGAUGAUGGGUUUCUGGAGUAUCCUGGUGCUGUCAGCAUUAGUAGGAUCUAUCUGCUGUGUCUUCUCGUGGACUCUCACCUACUUUGACUCACACCAGCCUGGCAUUGUGUUCCCAACACUGACACUGGACCACUUCAGAGACGUAUCUGACCAUGGUUUCCACAUGGGCUAUGGUGUUGCUGUCCUUAAUGGCAUCACAGCCAUGCUCACCGUCGCCUGGAGCCUCACUUGAUGCACACGCGCACACACACACCCUCAGUAGAAGUGCUCAGAACUACAGUGACUUUGGGUUGUGCUGUUAGUGCUGUCAAAAUAGAUGUGAGCACACAGCAGCAGACAUCCAGUGCAGUCACUGAAGGAGGACUGAAGCUGCUGCGUUCACAUGCAGCUGAUCCUGUACCUGUGCAAACAUGGAAGAGUCCAACAUCCAUCCACUUAUCAGAUGUUCAGGCUAAAGUUCAGGCUUACACUUUGGUGGAAGUUUUUUUUUUUUUUUUUUUUGAAUACUUAAUCAACACGGUUUAAAGUCAUGUAUAUUUUAUUUUAUUUUAUUCCAUCCAGAAGUGUGUGUCUUCCAAAAUGUAAAUGAUUACUAGUAUGUUUUUUUUUAUAUGGAAAUAAAGAAAAACUGCCACCA